CCAGCGUCCCCCCUGAGUAACCAGGGCAUCCCGACACCCGCCCAGCUCACCAAGUCCAACGCCCCUGUGCACAUCGACGUGGGCGGGCACAUGUACACCAGCAGUCUGGCCACGUUAACCAAGUACCCAGAGUCCAGAAUCGGCCGUCUCUUUGAUGGCACAGAGCCCAUAGUGUUGGACAGUCUGAAGCAGCACUACUUCAUUGACAGGGACGGACACAUGUUCCGCUACAUCCUCAACUUCCUCAGGACUUCCAAGCUCCUCAUCCCAGACGACUUCAAAGACUAUAGCCUGCUGUACGAGGAGGCCCGGUACUUCCAGCUGCAGCCCUUGCUGGCCGAGCUGGAGCACUGGCGCCAGGAUCGCGACCUGGCCAGGGUGUCACGCCCCUGUGAGUGCCUGGUGGUACGCGGGGCGCCCGACCUAGGAGAGAGGAUAACGCUGAGCGGAGAUAAGGCCCUCAUCGAGGACGUGUUCCCGGAGAUCGGCGACGUCAUGUGCAACUCGGUCAAUGCCGGCUGGAACCACGACUCCACACACGUCAUCCGCUUCCCGCUCAAUGGAUACUGUCAUCUCAACUCUGUCCAGGUGUUGGAGCGUCUGCAGCAGCGUGGCUUUGAGAUCGCCGGCUCCUGCGGUGGAGGCGUCGACUCUUCCCAGUUCAGCGAGUACGUCCUGAGGAGGGAACUGAGGAGGGCGGGCCAGAGAGGGCCUAACUCAAACAGGAUAAAACAGGAGCAGCUAGACUAGAGACCUCCCAGAAACUGGGGGGCGCUAGACUCUUCUUUUUUUUUUUUUUGGUGGAAGCCAAGCGCUCAUCGGGACGCAGCAGAGCUCUGUGGACUCUGAGGCCAUUCUUGCGAACAUUAGAAUACGUUUUUAAAUGUAUACUUUUUCUCAGUCUCAUAAUGCGCAUCAGCUCAUUAGAAUCGUUGACGAAGUUGCACAUGUUCAAACGCUACAUAUUAGCUUUUCCCAUCAGAGAACCUGACCUAUGCUAAUCUAGCCAGCUGGCAGGGAUUGUUUCUUAUAACAAACUCUGCAUCAGCCUAUCAAAGGUCUUACUAUCCACCAACCAAUGACACCAAGGGGGCUCCCGAGUGGCGCAGUGGUCUAAGAAACUGCAUCUCAGUACAAGAGGCACUGCAGUACCUGGUUUGAAUCCAGGCUGCACCACAUCCGGCCGUGAUUGGGACUUCCAUAGGGCGGCGCACAUUUGGCCCAGCAUCGCCCGGGGUAGGCCAGCAUCGCCCGGGGUAGGCCGUCGUUGUAAA